AUGAAGCUCUUAGGAAAUAGUAAAUAUUUUUUUGUUGUGCUUUUAUUAUGCAUAAGUGUGUUUCUUAAUGGUCAGGAAAUUCUUGACGAAAUAAAGUAUAGUGAAGAAGUAUGUAACGAACAAAUCGACCUUCAUAUAUUAUUGGAUGGCUCAGGAAGUAUUGGUCAUAGCAAUUGGAUUAGUCAUGUUAUUCCAAUGCUCACUACUUUGGUUGAUAACUUAAAUAUUUCAAGAGAUGAAAUUAAUAUAUCUAUGACACUUUUUUCAACAUAUGCACGUGAAUUAGUCAGACUUAAAAGAUAUGGAUCGACUAGUAAAGCCUCGCUACGUUUUAUAAUUGCACAACUUCAAAAUAAUUAUUCACCACAUGGUACUACAAAUUUAACGAGUGCAUUAUUGAAUGUUGAUAAUUUAAUUCAAAAAAAAAUGAAUCGGCCCAAUGCAAUACAAUUAGUUAUUAUAUUAACAGAUGGUAUCCCAAAUAAUUUAAAGAAAUCUACUACGGUUGUAAAUCAAUUAAAAAAAAAAGAUGUAAACGUUGCAAUCAUAGGCGUUGGUGCAGGUGUUAAUAAUAUGUUUAAUAGAAUUUUAGUUGGAUGUGGUAAACUCGGACCAUGUCCAUACUACUCUUAUGGUAGUUGGGAUCAAGCCCAAACUAUGAUAAAACCUUUUCUUUCUAAAGUUUGUCAGGAAGUAGAAAAAGUUGCUCUUUGUGGAAAAUGGGAAGAAUGGAGUGAAUGUUCUACUACAUGUGACAAUGGAACAAAAAUUAGAAAAAGAAAAGUAUUACAUCCUAAUUGUGCUGGAGAGAUGACUGCCCCAUGUAAGGUUCGUGAUUGCCCACCAAAACCGGUAGCUCCUCCUGUCAUUCCUAUUAAAGUUCCAGAUGUGCCAGUAAAACCUGUAGAACCUAUAGAACCAGCAGAACCAGCAGAACCAGCAGAACCAGCAGAACCAGCAGAACCAGCAGAACCAGCAGAACCAGCAGAACCAGCAGAACCAGCAGAACCAGCAGAACCAGCAGAACCAGCAGAACCAGCAGAACCAGCAGAACCAGCAGAACCAGCAGAGCCAGCAGAACCAGCAGAACCAGCAAAACCAGCAGAACCAGCAGAACCAGCAGAACCAGCAGAGCCAGCAGAACCAGUCAACCCAGAUAAUCCAAUUUUACCAAUAAAACCAGAAGAGCCAUCAGGGGGUGCAGAACCAUUAAAUCCAGAAGUUGAAAAUCCAUUUAUAAUACCAGAUGAACCUAUAGAACCCAUAAUAGCUCCAGGUGCAGUACCAGAUAAACCUAUCAUCCCAGAAGAGAGUAAUGAACUCCCAAACAAUCUACCAGAAAGUCCAUCUGACUCACAAGUAGAAUAUCCCAGACCAAAUGAUAAUGGUGAUAAUUCAAAUAAUACGAUAAACUCAAACAAAAAUAUACCCAAUAAGCAUGUACCACCAACGGAUGAUAACCCAUAUAAAGGUCAAGAAGAAAGAAUACCAAAACCUCAUCGAUCAAAUGAUGAAUAUAUAUAUUAUAAUAAUGCAAAUAAUAAUGAUAAACUUGAACCUGAAAUUCCAAGUAAAGAUUAUGAAGAGAAUAAAAGUAAAAAGCAGUCUAAAUCUAAUAACGGAUAUAAAAUUGCUGGUGGUAUUAUUGGAGGAUUAGCUAUAAUUGGAUGCAUAGGUGUUGGUUAUAAUUUUAUAGCAGGAAGUAGCGCUGCAGCAAUGGCUGGAGAAGCUGCACCUUUUGAAGAUGUAAUGGCAGAUGAUGAAAAGGGUAUUGUUGAAAACGAGCAGUUUAAAUUACCUGAAGAUAAUGACUGGAACUAA